AGAUCAGUUAGAAGUUGUUAGUAGUGAUGUUAGCUGAGCUUCUAGAUCUUUCCUAGACAUUUUGUAUAAAUUGACAUACAGUCUGAGUAAUUCAAUUAAGCAGUUACAUUUUCUCUUCCUUUCUUUCUCUGUCAAGCUCUUCUCUCUCUCAUCCAACAUUAAUGGAGAUCCUUGAAUUCUCAAUUGUAAUAUGGUAUCAAAGCCACGAGAUUUUCUCACAUCUUAAACUGCUUCAAUAUUCUCGGCCCACAGAUCUUACAAAUCCUUCCAAUUUUCUACUUAGGGUCACUCUAUCUUCUAUAUACAAACUGUUUGAUGAAUUGCCUGAACGAGAUAUAGAAUCUUUCUGGGUUUUCCUCUUCGUAGUUUCUCUCAAUGGAAAACGAACCGAAUGCCAACAAAUUCCUGUAGCACCGACUACUGUGCAUCAAUUUAGUGAUGAUACGAUUUCUGCUUUGUACAUGCAUCCUUCUGAUAGCCCUGGUAUGGUGUUGGUUCCUACACCUUUUGAUGGAUUGGGUUUUCGUUCAUGGAGACGAAGUGUUCUUUGAGCUCUAUCAGUGAAAAAUAAACUGGGUUUCAUUACUGAUGAUUGCAAGCGACCUACGGAUGAUGCAGCCAAAUUACGUCAAUGGGAGAGAUGAGAUGAUAUGGUGACGUCUUGGAUUUUGAACUCCUUAUCUAAAGAGAUAGCUGAAAGUGUUGGGUAUGUCGCAAAUUCCACCAAAUUGUGGAAGGAACUAGAGGAUCGAUAUGACCAGACGAAUGGUGCUAAGUUAUACCAAAUUCAAAAGGAAAUUAGUGAUUUGGUACAAGAAUCUAUGGAUAUUACUACCUACUAUACGCGUAUGAAGAAACUCUGGGAAGAAUUCAACAAUUUAUCCUUUCGAGUCCAAUGUAGUUGUCAAUGUGUUUAUGGUGCAAAGGAGGGGACAUACAAGGCUGAGCAAGACAGGAGAUUGAUCCAGUUUCUUAUGGGCUUGAAUGGGGAAUACACUAGUGUCCGGGAAAGUAUAUUGAUGAUGAAUCCCUUACCUACCCUGGCCAAAGCUUUCUUUAUUUUGAUCCAAGAGGAGAAACAAAGAGAAUUCAAACAGCAUAAUCGCAUAGUAAUGGAAUCUACCUCACUACAUGUCAAUUCUGCUGGAUCUAGGAGCUAUUCAGGACCAUCGAAUACUGGGAGUUACAAGAAAAAUUACUUAAGUCAGAAUUUUGUAGGCAGUUCUAACAAUAGCAAGCCAUCUUGUGAUUAUUGUAAAAGACCUGGACACACCAAAGAUAGGUACUACAAGCUCCAUGGUUAUCCACAGAAUAAUGCACCUAGUGGACCUAGACAAAGCUAUCAAAGUUUCCCUAUCUCUCGUAAUGCUUUUAUGUAUCAACACCAAAAUUUUGGGCUCUACAAGAGUAAGCGGAUAGUAGCCAAUGUUCAUGGAUUUACAUCAAAUUUGAUGCAUACUCAUGGAGAUGAACCUGAUUCAAUAAUGGUUGUGAAAAGCCCUAAUAUCUCUAAGGACCAGUAAAAUCAGAUGAUGAAUCUACUCAGUCAAUUUCAGAUCAGCAACACAGUAAAGGGAAAUCCAAAUGUUGCACACAUGAAUGCUGGGUCUGUUAACUUUACAGGCCCCUUCAGUGAGGAGGACUCAGGUGAUUGGUAGUAGCAAGGUGGUCUAUACUAUCUCUGUUCCACAUGUCGGAAGAGCUCACAUCAUACCGCUGCUACUGAGUCACAUGUUCACAAGAAACUGACUACUUAUUUGUCUAUUCCUGAUCUGAUCAAGAACUAUCAAGCUACUGAUGCAUUCAUUCACUCUUGCCCUGCUUGUUCUCACGUUUCCAGCAAUAGUGUGGCAGGAGAAUCCAUGUCAAAUAAUGAUGUCACACAUAAUUUUCAUUCCCCUCGCUUUCUUUCCAAUGUAAAUAUACCAUCUCUUAUCAAUAAAACUAACUUGUUAGCUGGAA